AUGUCUGGGGAAUCAAAUGACGAAAUCUCACUACCCAAAGCUACCGUUCAGAAAAUAAUAUCAGAAGUAUUGGCAGACACAGAUGUGACAUUCAGUAAAGAAGCAAGAGAAAUUAUUAUAGACGGUGGUAUCGAAUUCAUCAUGAUCCUAUCCUCGAUGGCUAGUGAAAUGGCUGACAAAGAGGCCAAAAAAACCAUAUCUCCAGAUCAUGUGAUGUCUGCUCUAGAAGAACUGGAGUUCCCUGAUUUCAUAGCCCCACUACAUCAUGUUUUGGAUCAACAUAAGGAAGUCCAAAAAAUUAGACAAGUUAGAGAUAUGAAGUUUAAAAAAAGUGGCCUAAGUGAAGAAGAGUUGCUACGACAACAAGAAGAAUUAUUUAGGCAGUCUAGGUCUCGUCUAAAUAGUAACAGCGGUGCAAGUUCUAAUGAUACCGGCGGAGCCGCUGGUGCCACCUAA